AGAAGAAGACACGUCAAAGAAGAAGUAAAGCAGCGUAGGAAAGAGAGAUCUUUUCGGCUCUCCCACUCUUUCUCGAUCUCGUUAGCAAUGGAAACCAAGAUCGGGUCGGUGGAUGCGGCGGUGGAGGUCAAGGCGAACGGCGUCGUCGGCAGCCCUCCGGCGGGGCACUGCUACCCCAUCGCUCCAGCGGUUCAGGCUUCGGCGCCGGAGAAGACCCUGGGCAGCCACCUGGCGCGGCGCCUCGUCCAGGUGGGCGCUCACGACGUGUUCUCCGUCCCCGGGGACUUCAACCUCACCCUCCUCGACCACCUCAUCGCCGAGCCCGGCCUCCGCCUCAUCGGAUGCUGCAACGAGCUCAACGCCGGGUACGCCGCCGAUGGCUACGCCCGCGCCCGCGGUGUCGGCGCUUGCGUCGUCACCUUCACCGUGGGAGGCCUCAGCGUGCUCAACUCCAUCGCGGGGGCCUAUAGCGAGAACCUCCCCGUCAUCUGCAUCGUCGGCGGCCCCAACUCCAACGACUUCGGGACGAACCGGAUUCUCCAUCACACCAUCGGCCUUCCGGACUUCUCGCAGGAGCUCCGCUGCUUCCAGACCGUCACUUGCUACCAGGCGGUGGUGAACAACCUCGAGGGCGCUCACGAGAAAAUCGACACCGCCAUCUCCACCGCGCUCAAGGAGAGCAAGCCCGUUUACAUCAGCAUCAGCUGCAACCUCCCCGCCAUCCCUCACCCCACCUUCAGCCACGAGCCCGUCCCCUUCUUCCUCUCCCCCAAAUUGAGCAACCAGCGGGGUUUGGAGGCCGCUGUCGAGGCGACGAUGGAGUUCUUGAACAAGGCGGUGAAGCCGGUGAUUGUGGGAGGGCCCAACAUCCGUGUGGCCAAGGCGGGAGAGGCAUUCGUGGAGCUCGCCGACGCCUGCGGCUACCCCAUCGCCGUGAUGCCCUCCGCAAAGGGGCUCGUCCCGGAGUACCACCCCCGGUUCAUCGGCACCUACUGGGGCGCUGUGAGCACGGCCUUCUGCUCCGAGAUCGUGGAGUCCGCUGACGCCUACGUCUUCGUCGGCCCUAUCUUCAACGACUACAGCUCCGUCGGCUACUCCCUCCUCCUCAAGAAGGAGAAGGCCAUCAUCGUGCAGCCGGAGCGCGUGGUGGUAGCCAACGGUCCGACCUUCGGCUGCAUCCUCAUGAAGGACUUCCUCCGGGCGCUCGCCAAGCGACUGAAUAAGAACACCACCGCGUACGAGAACUACCGCCGCAUAUUCGUGCCAGACGGCCAGCCGCUGGAAUGCAAGCCCAAAGAGCCGCUGCGGGUGAACGUGCUCUUCAAGCACGUCCAGAAGAUGUUGUCGGACGGCAGCGCCGUCAUCGCCGAGACCGGCGACUCGUGGUUCAACUGCCAGAAACUGAAGUUGCCGGAAGGCUGCGGGUACGAGUUCCAAAUGCAGUACGGAUCCAUCGGCUGGUCCGUCGGGGCGACUCUGGGUUAUGCGCAGGCCGUGAAGGGCAGCAAGCGUGUGAUUGCCUUCAUCGGCGACGGAAGCUUUCAGGUGACAGCGCAGGACGUGUCGACGAUGCUGCGCUGCGGGCAGAACAGCAUCAUCUUCCUCAUAAACAACGGCGGGUACACCAUCGAGGUGGAGAUCCACGACGGGCCUUACAAUGUCAUCAAGAACUGGGACUACACCGGCCUGGUGGACGCCAUCCACAACGGCGAGGGCAAGUGCUGGACCACGAAGGUGCGACACGAGGAGGAGCUGAAGGAGGCGAUCGAGACGGCGAUGGGGUCGAAGCAGGACUGCCUGUGCUUCAUCGAGGUCAUCGUGCACAAGGAUGACACCAGCAAAGAGUUGCUGGAGUGGGGCUCCCGAGUCUGCUCUGCCAACAGCAGGGCACCAAAUCCGCAGUAGAAAGUCGUCGUACUCGAGUGGCAACAAUAAAUCAAACAGCACAUAGUUGCCGAUGUAUUGAUCAUACGAUGAUGUCGAGUAUUGGUUCAUGUUCUUGCGUCCGAGACUAUCGUCGAUCGCCUGUGCGACAGUCAUUAUAAGCAAUACUGUUUUCUCAACGAAAUGGUUUCCGAGUCA